AUGGAGGCUUCUGUUAAGCCUCCAUUUAUCGCGACAAUGAAGCUAAGAGCUUGUCUCCUUCAUUGGCAAACCGAGCUUCCCAGACCGUUUUCUUUGCAAGAGGCCCGCAAAUGGGCGAAAGAUUACCUACUGACCAAUGGUGGCAAUGUAGACACAGUGGACAAGUUUGUUGACUUCUUCCUCAACAUGGGCUACAUAAGGCCUGUGUCAGGCAGAAAUCCACGAACGCAGAAGUUCUUAAUCGUGUCCCUGUUACACGAAAAAGGCGAGCAUGACCUGCACGCAGCAAUUCACAGCAAACAAAACAAUUGUGCAAAGACGCUUCUUCCUCUAGAAGCAUGUACCCUUUGUGCGAGAUGGCUGCUGUCUGUGGGCAAGAACAUUCAACUGAGCCUUCAGUCCAUUGGCGGGGAUGCUAGCCUAAAACUCGCCCAAGACCAGAAACCACCGGCCCAACUGUUAGCCUACUUGGACUAUCUUGAGAAAUGGCCUAGAUGUUCCGUGGUACAUGGGGACGAUGAAAAUAUGAAUGCAGUAAAACAUUCGCUUAUCUCGGCUAUCUUAACGACUCUUCGCGAUGAUGUCAAAUCUGACCCCCUUGAUUCGAACACCAUCAGUGUUAUCAAGUUCGUCCUUGGUCACAGAGUCCUCGUGCCCGUUCUCCGCGGUCUAACCGAUCGUUCGCUUCGCGAGGUCUGCGUAAAAGCUCCUAUGCCGUACAACGAGCCCAGUCUGUGUUGUCAGGGUCAUGGAGGUAAAGUGUGA